UACACUCUCAUGCCAAUCAAUCAAUCGCUCCUAUUCUCUCCCACCCGUCAAACGUAUCCAUCUACUCCAAUCUAAUCCACAAUGUCUCCCCUAACGCAUUCCUUCCCGACCUCCGCCCUCCCCACCGCAGUCCAAACAACCACAAAAAACUUCCAGGAAACCGCCCGAAAGCCGCCCGGUGUGAACCUCUCCGAAUGCGCUCUGAUGGAGAUGGUGCAGUACUCCUGUAACCCACCGGAGAAGGGGCCGCCACAAGGAGCUGCAGGCGGCGGUGUCAUAGAGUGCGAGAGUGUGGUUCGGUUGUUUAGGCGAUGUGCGGGAGGGCUUACGGUUGAGACUACAACGUGGGAGAGGAAGGGGAAGGGAAAGAAAGAGGAGGGAAAGCAAUGACCGUGUAAAUGUUUGCGAGAAGCACAAGAAGAACAAAUAACGCCACGAAUUACGAAUAAACUCGGAUGGUAUAAUAAAUAUUCAUGAACGAUGCAUGUGCCGUAUCGUCCUUGUAAGACACGCAAAUGGCCAUUUCUAUGCCAUUCCCAAUGUUAAAUCCCAACCCAAACCCCCCAAACCGAAACUCCUGGCAUCGAUAACCUAGAGAUGGAAGAAAACGAAAAGCGAACAAAAGAACGAAUCCACCUAAUCCCUCUGCUAAACCAACGCGCCCCUAGCCCCUUUAUUAUUACUAUUAUGCAUCGUCCGCUUAUCAACCUUGCGCACAUCCGCCCUCGUCUGCUUCCGCCAAUAAACUCUGUCGCAAUUCACAAUCGGACUCAACUCUAGCGUCCCAUUCUCAGGAACUUUCAACGGUGACGACAACGAGAACUCAGCAUCAGUCCCUAACCCUCCCGCCCCGCCUCCACCAACAACCCCCUUAACCGCCUUCUCGAACAUACUCUCCAUACUCUCCAACCGGCUCCCCCACAACUUCUUCCCGCUAUCCCCAUCCCCACUCCCAUCCGCCCCAUCUCGAAAUAGCAAUCCCUCCCUCCCAGCCCUCGCCAGCUUCCUCAACGCCUCCUCCCCCAAGCGGCCCUCCUCUGUGGCCUUCUCACGAAUCUUCCUCGGAUCUGUCUCUCGCGUCGUAAACACCGGCGUCUCCUGGUAGGUGUGCUUGCUGGGGAAAUUGGGGAAGUGUUUGGGGAUAUGUGUACUCAGCUGGCGGUGUUGGGUGCCGCUGAGAUCUGGGCCGAGGAAGGGGAGGUCUGUGGCUGGGUUGGGGGCGGAGGGGGGUGGGGUGGGGAGGGGUGGUAUUAUUUGUUGUUCCCGUUGUGGGGACGGCGGUGUUAGGUAUUUGUGCAGAGAGUCGAGAUGGAUAUUGGUAUUUCGGAAAGCAUGUUCGAAAUCGAGGGGGAUGGGCUGCAUGCGGCGACAGGAGGACAUGGAUUGGCGGGUGUAAGAGAGGAUAUGCAGGAUGUCUACAAUCGUCAGCAAAUAUAGAUGCAACCUUAAGUUACUGAAGGAAGCAUGUAAAUAUAAAGUAUAAAUGUAAAAUACAUACACUCCUCAACCGCACUCCUAAAACUAUCCAGCGCAACUGGGUCCGCAUGAGUGAAGCCGCAGUCGUGGACGAGCACACCAAUGGAGAGCUUGAGUAAUGUAUCCACGGCGGUGGUGUCUGUGAAGGCAGAAUCAGGCAGGUCUGGUGUCAUAGGUGUUUGGAGGCGGUGAUGGUAUUCACGACGCUGCCGUUUUUGUAGCGAAGAGGCAGAGGCCGCUGUAGCAGGGGGGAUGGCCAUUGUGAGGGUGUAAGCUGGCGACUGUAGGAUGAGAGUUUGGAGUUAGGAACUAGGCGGCGUACUGUUGGGCAGUGAGCCGGAAGAGAGAAUCAUAGAUCAUAUACACGUUGACAUCAGAUCUGCUGCUCUGUCACCGGCUAACAGAAUGCAUAAUAGGACCGUGUAUUGUAUCGUGAUUGCUGUUGAC